ACAACUUGGAAAAGAAACAACUUGAAGAGUUUUUGUUUUUUCACCAACACCAACACCAUCAUCAUCAUUACUUAAAUUUUUUGUAGUAGUAUUAAUAACAACAGCAAUAAUAAUACGGAAUUGGUGUUUUUUGUAUUUCAUCACCAUUUGUACAAUAACAUCAUAAUUAAUUAUAUAAUAAUCAACAAUCAACAAAUAAUAAUAAUAACAAUAUCAACAACAACACAAGAUGGGAAUAAAUCCGAGUCGACCAAGUACCAACACUACCAAUAAUGAUUUAAAUACUUUUAAUCAGGCUGAUGAAGAUAGUGGAAAGAAGGUCGUUAUUCAAAAAUUACAAACUCUCUACGGAGAUAAAUUACAAGGAGAAAGUCUUGAUAAAUUUGCAACAAUAUUAUCUGAUAAGAAUCGAUUAAAGGAAAUUUAUUUACAUACAAAUUUUGAAAAGGCAAAGGAACUGCAAAGGUCAAUUAAAGAUUUAAAGAUGAUUAAACCAACUGGUAUUCAAAGAGCAACAAUGAAAUAUAGUUCACAAGCUUCUGCUUCACCUAUUGGUGGUUCAGAACUUUCUGUUGAAGGUAAUGCUAGUGCCAGUGCUAGUAGUAGUAGACCUCGUAGAAGUAGUGGUGCUAACGGAGAAAAUGAUCACGAAUUUGAUGACGAUGACGAAGAUGAUACUAGUGAAUUGACGGAUUCUGGAUUACCUUUCCAAAAUCCUUAUACUGAGCUCGAUAAUAACAAAAUUAGAAUCAAACUUAUUGUUGCUGAAACUAGCAAAAAUUCAUUGGAAAAGAAUUUGAAAAAGAUGAUUUCACCAUUUGUAGAUAUGGAAAAGAGAAAGGCACCAUUUGGAUUUUUCCAUAUUGCUUUAUCUGUUGGAUGUUGGAAGAUUGAAUGGAAUAAUUCAUCAUUAUGUAUUCCACGUACUGUUACUGGUAAUUAUGCCCUAGUUUGUGCUGAUAUUGAAAGUAUUGCUAGUUUGGAUGAAUUGGAUUUCGUAAGAGAUAAACUUGCCGAAACUAUUGUGAAGUGGAAUACUGGUGUUUUCUAUAAACAACAAAAGGGAGAACCAGAGGGUGGUACUGGUAAUUGCCAACAAUUCAUAGAUGAAAUUUUACAAAAUUUGGGAUUAUCAGAUUCAUUAAAUUCAUUCCCUCUUCCUCUUGCAAACUAUGUUAAAACUUUGAGAGAAGACGGUUGUGGAGAAAUGGAAUUUGAAUUGGAUGAUGCUUUCAAACAAAAGUUCUUUAGUGAAAAUAAUGAAACAAGCAAGUAUCUCAAAAAGAAGAGUGUGCUGUUCAAGACACAUAAGGAACUAGAUUUAUUUGCUAAGGGAUUAUUUGAGGUGGAUCCAGAUUUCCAAAUCAAUCACAGAUAUGAAUACUAUUUAUUGAAAGCGUAUGACAGAGCUUUUUGGAUGAGACAUUUGAAACCUGCUGAUGAACGAACAACUGAUAAAGAAAAAUAUGAACCUUUAGAAGAAGAGGAUGGAACUUUAGGUUGUAUAUUUGGUGAUCCAACAGUGAAUAGUUUUCUUGCUUUCAAUCUUGGAAAGAAGAAACAUUAAGAAUUCUCAAUUGUAAAAUAUGUCAACUUGUAGUAUUAAAUUAUUUAAUUUAUUUUUC